AUGGAGCCACCUAAAAGAAAGCCACUACACAACUUUUCCAUGCCAGGCUUGAAAUGGGGUAAGCAAAAAUCCAUGAGGUGCGUCAAAGUCACUGACCCAGAUUGUAAUGACGACAACAAUGUCGCUCAGAUGAAGCCCAUGACUGAUCUCAAGGUCUCUACUGACAAGCCCAAAGUUUCCAUCUCUAACAAAGAGAAACCCACAAGGCCCUUGAAUUUGAGGUCCCAAAGAGCUGCUACCAACAAAAAGGAUGAGGAGAAGAAAAAGAACAUUGAGUGGCCCAAGUUUUCUAUUUCACUCUCCAAGGAGGAGAUUGAACAAGAUUUUCUUGCUAUGGUUGGGACCAAACCUCACAAGAAGCCUAAUAAGAGGCCUAGAAGUGUGCAGAGGGAAUUGGAUACAUUGUUUCCUGGAUCGUUGUUGUCAGAGAUCACUCCAGAAUCUUACAAAGUCCCUGAUGAUCUGGAAUGA